ACGGCGGCUGGUAAAUCAGUAUCUCCUUUUAAUUUAGUUUACUUGGUUGUCGUAGACUGUUUUUUAAGAACAGAGAACCAAUUCAAUCAUAUUACAAGAACAGGAUAGCGGUUGGGUGUUUUUAAGGCAGUUUGGCGAUUAGCUUGUGAAGUCUUUGCGUAAAAGAAAAGCUUUUUGUCCGUCAAGUUAUAGAGCUAAAGGUGAAUCAUUUUCAUAAUGAUGAAAUUCAACUUCAGACGGGAGAAAGACAAGGAGUUUAAGCACAUAGCUCACGGUUUGAUCCCUGCCGCCUCCAUCGCUCCUAAAGCCGCCGUGCCUCGUACUCCUCCCCCACAAAGCCCAGACCCCUCACCUGAGAGACAUCGGUCGGCGUUGGCUGCAGCUAUCCUGUCUUCCUCGUUGACGGGACAGACGUGGGUCAUCCCGCCCGCUCGGCCAAGGUCUUUCUCUGAGACAGAUCGUUCAGAAACUUUCCUUUCUGAGCCAAACGGCAGCAGUGUGCUUUACUCAAGAGACAGAUGGUCGGAGGAUUCGGCUAGCCGGCCACACCUGUCAUCCCCCGACCACUCCGAGGGAGAGCUGGAAGACGACAAAGACGGAGCUGGUAACCAGGGUGAGGCGGACGAGCAUGUGUAUCAAACUCUGGACAGACGAGAGGAUCUUAGAGUGUCAGAAACAGUUCAUAACCUGCCUCUAGAGCCAGAGGCCGUUCUGUCUCUGGCCACUCACAUGUCGGGUAGAAGAGUGCCAUCUCCAGACCUCACCGAGGAAUCAAGUGGCCAGUCUCCAGAAUCCAGAAGGAGAGAAACUCUCAGAAAGAGCUCCGAAAACCCCAAGGAAGACGUGCGAUCUCUGCCACCCAUCCCAACCACUAACAGGCCUGGUGGUGCUAAAAUGCCAAAACAGAACGUCCACUCCUCUCCAGAAACCAACCGAGGAUACAGUGAGCUGCGGAAACAGAGGAAGACCAAGACGAUACACGAAGACAAGCAGCUGGAAAAGAGGCUGGAUCGCCUGGAGCGGGAGAUCAGUCAGAGCCACGCUUCCUCAAACCUCAGAUCCGCUGCAGCAGGCAGCCAGGCAGAGCUACAGAGCCUGAGACAGCAUGCGCAGGAGCUGGUGGACGAAAACGACGCCCUGAAACUGACCGUCCACCGUCUGAACGUGGAGCUGAGCCGCUACCAAGCUCGCUUCAGACCGCUGUCCAAACAAGAGAGCUCCAAAAUCAAAGGCAUACCGAGCACAGGUUCUCCCCCUCCAUGGCUGGUUGACAUGAAGUAUCUAUGCCCUUUGCUGCUGGCCUAUGAAGACAACAUGAAUGAGAAGGAAGCUCUUCUACAAACCGCUGAGGAGGAGGUGACCAACUUGCGAGCUAAGGUAGACGAUGUGAUGAAAGAAAACGAGAGGCUCCGUAAUGAGAUGGAUGUGGUCAACCUUAAGGACUGCCAGAUGAUUCAGCAGCAGGCGCUUCUGGUUUUGCAGGAGAACCAGGCUCUGAUUGGUCAGCUGGAGGCUCAGCAUGAAAAAGCCAAGGCCAACCACGGCAAACACCAAUCUGAAGUCUUGAAAAUGUCUAAGCAGCUUAUGAUGUUGGAGGAAGAGAAGGAGCGUCUGCAGGAGGACCUGGAAGGAAGCAGACGGGGGUUACAGAAACGCACGAAGGAGGCCGAGCUGCUGCAGGCUCGCCUCAAGGAUGUCGUCACAUGGGAUGAGCACUGCAGCAUUGCAGGCAAACUCAGAAGACAGCUGGAGGAGCAGGAGAGGAGAAAUAAGAGCGAGAAGGAGCAGUUGCUUCUAAAAAUGUCCAGCCUGCAGGAGGAGAACAAGAGUCUGGCUCUGGACAAAGUCAGCCUGACUGCUGAUGUGAGGACGGUGAAGACUGAGCUGGAGCGCUGCAAACAAGCAAACAGGAAGGCAGAGAGGAGAAUGAGUACGCUGAGGAGACAAAAGGAAGAACAUUUGCUGAAGGAGGAGAAGACUCGUCAUUACCUGGAGGCUGUCGUUUCUGUCGCAGAGCACAUUUCCAGGGAAAGAGACCAUCUAUUGCACACGGCAUCUGGACUCCAGCAGGAAAAGCAGGGAUUUGUCAGCAGGAUUCUGAAUGGCACGGUCCGCUUUGGCAAGCUUCAAGAGGAACUCAAAGUAUACCGGAGGCAGGCGUCAACCAGGCUGGCAGCGUUGGAGGAGGCUGCGGAGGGGAGGACGGCUUCUUACAAGAGGGAGAUCCUUCACCUGCAGAAGCUGCUGAGAGAAAGACAGGAGGCUGAGGAAAAACUGCUGCAGUCCAAACGGGACGUAGAGGAGGAGUUGGAGGUGGUGUGGCAGGUGGCAACACAGGAGAACCAGCAAAUGAGGGAGACGCUGUUGGACACGAAGCUGAGCGGGGCGCUGUCGGCCUGGGCGCUUUCCCCUGACUUCCCUGCUCAGACUUCAGAGGAGGCCAUCAAAUCCCCCCUGCUCCAGCAGACGCACGGGCUGGAUUUCUAUUGCUGAAGACCCAGAGACUAAAACUGGCGGCGUCUGAACAUCAGAGGAUGGUACUGGUAUCUGGGUCACGCUUUCUUUAGCUUUUUUUUUUUUUUUUGUAAGGCGAAAGAGCAGACAAUCAAUAAAACUAGGACGAAAUUAAUCCUGAAGGCAAUCCGUUGGCCUGGGAACGCACUUUUCUGCACUUUUUAUUUUGACAUUUGACAUAGUAUUUUACUUGAUUUUAACAUAUUUGUUUGUUUUUUUCUUUCAUAAAAUGUGCCAUGCACAACUGAGGGGGUGAGCUGAAGAGUAAAAUGGGAAGGUGAAACUUGACUGAAAUGUCCUGAAGUCAAAAGGCAGUGGUGCCAUCUACUGGACACGACAUGGCAAUGACUCUAUUACGGCCUUUGACGGUUCUGCCAGAGAGCAGGACAGUGACCAGGCUGUGUGGGUGUAAAUAAAUACACCCAUCAUCUGUACACUGAAUGAAGAGAAAUAAGAGGAAUAAUGUUAAACUCAUUGAAAUUUAAAUUUACUUGAAGAAGAUUAAAAAUGUAUAUGUCAAAUGAGUUUUCUCUAAUAGAUAUAAAGAACAUAUUUUAGACAUAUUUAAGAAUGUUUAUAUAUUUGUACGUCCUAGACCUGUAAUUUUUAAGCCCGACUUUUAUGAUUGUAAAUAAUAAACCAACAAUUCACAUCUGGGAGCCAAA